AAUUGAAAAGUUGCUUAGAACUGGCCAUUCUAUAACAUACGAAGAAUUAACUUAAAAAUUAAUGACCCCUUUAAGAUUGUAUAUGCCCGAUUAUCAUGCAUACACACAAUAAACAUCCAUAUACUUCAUAGGUUAACAUAUGCCUGAUACACUUGCACACACCAGAUUAGUUUGCAUUCAUAUAGUAGAUUGCAUAGGCUUAAUAAACUUUAUGUCCACAUCUGAUUGACUCGCAUACACCUGAAUUGCUUGCAUACACAAACAGACUAAUAAGAUGCAGACUGGAGUGCUUCACAUUGGUUUAAGUCGCUUGCUCGCCAGGAAGGGAUUGUUGAGCACGCAUAAGACUUUGUAUGCUCAGUCCCAAUAUGACAGAGAAUGAGGGAUUAAUCUAGGUUUAGAAGGCUAUGUUCAUUCAGUUGUUUGCUAAAAUAAGCCCUUUCCUAAUGGAGUGAUGGUAUUUAUGGGAUGAUACAGGGCAUUCCUGAGAAGUGGUAGAUGUACCCAGCAUGUUAGUGGUGCCUUUGUGGGUCACACAAACUAGUAAACGCCUUACUUAUAACUUCAGUGGAUUUUUCUCCCUUGAAGGUGAUGCAAGAUUAUUUAUAGAGGAGUCUCUGCAUGGAAGUCACCCAAUUCCAAAAGUGCUGAUAGAAGAAAGGACUAAGAUUGGCAAGGUGACAAUAUGACAGACACUAUGCAAACCCUACACUUCCAGCUGCUGCCCCCUGAGCCAGGACAGGACUGGCCUCCUCCCUGUGAGCAGGAAAUUGAGAGGAGGUACCAGGUGGUCCCUUCCGUGGUCUGUGCCAUGUGCUGCCUCUUUGGAAUCAUCUAUUGCUUUUUUGGCUACCGCUGCUUUAAGGCUGUGAUGUUUCUAACGGGUCUCAUGUUCGGUUCAGUGGUGAUCUUCAUGCUAUGCUACAAGGAGCGGGUACUGGACACCCAGCUGAGUGUGGAGGCCAGUGUUGGCAUUGGGCUGGGCAUCGGGAUUCUGUGUGGCCUGGUGACUAUGCUGGUGCGAAGUGUGGGGCUCUUCAUGGUGGGACUACUGCUGGGGCUGCUGCUAGCCAUAGCCAGUCUAAUAGUCAUGGAGCAGUUCUAUCACCCAAGGACAGUCUGGGUUCCUGUGGCCCUCUUGCUUGGCAUUGGCAUGCUCUUUGCUGUACUAACCUUGCAGUGGCAGAGGUUCUUCACCACACUUUCCACAGCGGUCUUUGGCAGCGCCAUAAUGACAGUGACAGUGGAUUACUUCAUUGAGCUGUUCCUGCUGGUGCAGUAUGUUUACCAACGCUUGAAGGUGGCACCGCCACAAGCUGUCUGCUGGUAUAGCUGGGUCAUCCUGGGCAUCUGGCCUGUACUUAGCCUGCUGGGAGUCCUGGUUCAGUGGAAAGUCACAGGAGAGGGCUACUCUCACACAGAAGUUAUCAUCAGUCGGCAGCAGCGCCGUGUCCAGCUCAUGAAGAUUAAACAGAGGGAGGAACGAAAAGAAAAGAAGAAGAAGAAGAAAAGGCCUCACCAUCAUCAUCCUCACCCGCAGCACAAAGCCCCACAUCCUCCAGAUCCUGCCUUCCGCCGGAAACCCACCCCUAUACGGCGCUUUGAUGGGGACGUGAUUUCUCCGAGUUACAUUCAGAGUUUCCGGGACCACCAGUCGGGAUCAUCGCGAGGCCGCAUGACUGGGGCCCACACUGUGGUGGAUCUGGAUUAUGACUGUGGCUCUCGGGUGCCACUGACUGCAGGGGCCACCUGUGCUGUGCGGGUAUAGCAGAGGGUGAGAUACACAGGGAGUGAGGGCAACGUGUCCAUACUCCAUACCAUGUCAUUGCGCUGUAUUAAGCAAUCACUGUGACACGUGGGGGACUGGCUUGUUACGCAAGCUGUGGACACUCAAAAUCAGUACUACAUUACCCACAGCUCUCUGUGGGACCAAACACAGUGCCAGUAUGAAUCAUGGCAUCUCACUCCUGGCAGUGGCCCACAGACACCACUCUGACACUAUACAACCUGUAGCCCACCUACCUCUCCAUAAUCUGCACCCUCUGGGGUUGACUACCAUCAUUCCUUUCCUAUCCCAUUAAAUGCCCCCUAGUUUAGUGUCUGUAAAUACCCCCAUGGGCUAGAGGUGCUUCUCAGAAUAACAAAGAAUUGGGGCAGAUUGCCUUUAGAACUACAAAUCCCAUGAUCCUGUCCUGAUGGAUGAUACUGAUUUUUAUAAGGCUGCACUCUAGGGGAUCGGGGAAGCUGAAUUUAGAUCAAUAAAGUUAUUGUGUGGACCAUAUUUAAGAGCCAUUAUUCACGUCCUAGGAAGUAGCCAUGACUCUUUGCCUUCUUGGAGUCCUACGCAGUGGAUGAGGGUAAUGUAGCUCAGUGUUAAGUUGCACCCCCACCAACCCAUUUCUCAUUGCCUCUGCCCUCGCAUCCUGAAUCCACCAAAGGAGAAGUCAAGCCACUGAAGACAGGCAGUAACACUUGCCUGCACUUACAGCUGUCUUAAUGUACUGAGCACCAGUGCCAUCUAGUGGCCAUCUACAGGAGCAGUCCUACAUGAAAACAGAUGGAGAGACCUGGAGCCUAAUAAAUGGAGAAGAAAUUGCUGAAUUUCAGGACAUUUUGGUUCAUUGGUCGAAUCUAUACAUUUUUAGGAAAAAAAAGCCACAAAGGACAGAUUUGGUAUGUGGGUGGUGGGCGGGGGGUAAAUAACUUCUGAGGAAUUUUAAAUGGACCUUUUUUAAACUCUUGCUAUUGGGGUGCGUUGGGAAGUGAUGGUGUGUAAGAUGGAGUGUGUGUGAUAUUUAUACAGACUGUGAGAGAAUGAGGAGUUGCAACUGCCCUUUUUAUCCCCUCCAUGCUGUCUUUGGAAUUGUGUCCGACAGAGGGCCAAUCAGCUUUCAGCUUUUUUUUGUUGUAUUUUGUAGCAACCCAUGAGCUGCGGCUAGUGAGAUAUAUUCCUUUCUUGUCCAUGUGGCCAGUAAUCAUUCAGUUUGUCUUGUACUCCUGGAACCUUGUGGUCAGUUUUUCUUCUCCCAGAAGAUGGAGGGUGGGGUCAUUCACUGCAGGCGAUGUCCAUUUUGGACAUGGAUUUUCAUCUUGCUGCUCCUGCAGAACUACAACUCACAGAACCCUCUGCAUCUGAGCUGAGUGGCCUGGGAGUUGCAGUUCUGCCACAGCUGAUUUUUGGCAUUUGGAUAAGUUCCUGGCAUGUAUGUAUAGUGGAGCAACAGAAAUGCAACGCACAGAUAAAGUGCAACUAUUUUUUUUAAGGCCUGUCUUGUUGAUAGAUGUUUUAACCCUUAGCUGGCCCAGGCAGAGCAGCAUGAGUUUUGAGUUGGUGAGUGCAUAGCCCCCCCCUCAGGAUAUGUUUGCUUGUGGGAGGGGAACUUUAUCUCUUAUUUUAAAUAUUUUCUAUCUGUGCCAAAAACAAAGAAAUAUUCUCUGUAAAUAUCCACCAAUACCUGUUGAUUGUUAAUUUAUUUCCGUUCUUUAAAGGACAAGUCCCA